CAGGGCACUUUCCCCCAUUGAAUGAAUGAAUCAUGGGACGACCAUUGGUGGUCCCGGCAGCUUUCUCGCUCGACUUAUCGGAAUUUGCCUGACCCCCCGAUACCUUAUAUUAUAAUAUAAACCCCAUAUAGCGACUCCCUUUUCCCUACUUAUUAGUACUACUCCUACUCUCUUUCCUCCCUCUUGGUUCCUGACUAGCAGUGAGUGAGCGAGUGAGUGAGUGAGUAAGUAGUGAGUGAGCGGAUCAACCAGUAUGGCCUCUUCGUCUCCCUCGGCUUACCCUCAUUCCACCUUCUCCAAUCACGACGAUAAAAGUCAAUUGGACCGGUUCCCAUUAGACAAGGAUUUUGAGACGAGCACUGCCCUCAGGGAGUCGGCCUACGAUGCUGAUGUAGAAGCAUCCCAAUUCUACGCGGCCAAGCGACCACGAUCGGGGCGCAUGCGGGGAAUCGUUGCUCUUAUCGCCGCCUACUUAUCGCCGCGGGAGAAACAAAAGAAGCAUCACCGCCAGCCCGCCGACGCUCGCCCACUGCUCGCCUCCGCCAAUAACGCCACUCCCACUGCCGCCUGGCAUUCCUCCUCGCGACAAUAUCAAAGAAUCAAAUCAUUGUCGCGGUGCUUGUGUUACCCUCUACUGGGACUCCUCGUCAUGCUGGGCGUCGUCCAGUUCAUCUCCAUCGCCUGCAGCAUCGCCGUCUCCUUCUUCCCCGACGAAUUCGACCGUGCCAUCGAGCGGUGGCGUCAUAGCGACCAGCGAUCCCCAUCCGCGGACAUCCUGCAUUGGCCAACAGACAUCUCCAGAGAUAUCGUCCCCGUGGGAUGCCACUCUCACAAUGACUACUGGCGCCCUGUGCCGUUGUUCUCCGCCCUGCAGGCUGGUUGUACCGGCGUGGAGGCCGAUGUGUGGCUCGUCGAAGAUGACCUCUACGUCGGCCAUACCAUGUCUGCGCUGACGCCCCAGCGAACUCUGCGCAACCUGUACAUCAACCCGCUGCUGCGCAUUCUCGAGCUGCAAAACCCCAUCACCGACCUCCACCCUCAGCGCGACAGUCCGCCGCAAGGGGUCUUCGACAUGGAUCCCUCGCAAACCCUAAUCCUGUUGAUCGACUUUAAAACGGACGGUCAAGAAACUUGGAACUACGUGCAUGCACAGCUCGCCCCGCUCCGCGAGCGCGGCUAUCUUUCCUUCUUCAACGGCACCGACAUCAUUCCGGGCCCCAUAACCGUUGUCGGCACCGGCAAUACCCCCUUCAACCUAGUCACGGCCAACACCACCUACCGCGAUAUCUUCUUCGAUGCACCACUGGACAAACUUGUCGACGACAACAUCACCACCACCGAGGACUACAACAAUGACGAUGACGUCUCCCUCUCAAAUACCCCCGAAGCCGCAAAAGGGAUAGCCACCCGCGCCACUAAGAAUGUCGGUCAAGGCCUGUCCGGCAUUUCCGACGCAGAAAUCGGCCCCGAUACCUUUGAUUGGACCAAUAGCUACUACGCUUCCGUCUCCUUCAAGAAAUCCAUCGGCAUGCCCUGGUCCUUCCGGCUCUCCCAGCGCCAAGUCGAUCAGAUCCGCGCCCAGAUCCGCGCCGCUCAUCGUCACGGCCUUAAAGUCCGCUACUGGGGCGUACCCGCCUGGCCACGGAGUCUGCGCAACCACCUUUGGAGCUUACUCGUCCGCGAAGGUAUCGACUAUCUGAACGUGGAUGAUCUGCGCAGCGCCACUCGUCAGGAUUGGCGACCUAGAAUCUCGGAUUGGUGGAGUUGAUUGUAAAUAGUUCGGUUUUCUUUCUUCUUUCUUUUCUUUUUGUUUUCUUUCCCUUUUCUCACAUACAUCGAUCGCGUGCAAUGGUCGCCCCCCACGCGCUUAUUCACCUGGUGUGAUGCAUGGUCUUUCUACUACUAGACGAUGAUGAUAAAGAUGGCGUUUUUUUUCUGGGUUCUCUUCUUUUUGGUGCUAGGUAGAUACCCACAUGAUGGUUUUGGGAUCAGUAUUAAUUCAGUUUUCUUUUGGGGAGGUCUGGUUUAGGUUUAGCUACUAGUCAGUUGUUGAGGGGAAAUCUGGGGGGUGAUUGGUUGGCUGGUUUACUAGAUAGCUGCGGAAGUACUACUACACUAGAGUACUAGAUGAUGCUGAAUGUGAAUAGAUCAGUGAAGAACAAAUUCUGAUCAUUUUGCAUCAAAUUCUG